CUUACAGUUAUUUUCAGUUUUUCUUAAGUCCCUGGUAGUUUUUAUUUAUAUUAUUUGGUAAUAGGGUAUAUUGUCAUCUGAUUAUUUCUAUUAUCCUGUUUGUGAAUGACUAAGUGGGGUUCUAGCAGGCAGUUUUUCUUGUUUUAGCACUGGGUCAGGGCAUGUGAUUGCCAGCAGACUAAAUUGGAUUUUACAUGAACCUAUUUCCAUUAUAACCCAGUUAGCUCUGCAAAACUAGCUCAUUGGUCACUACUUUUAUCUACUGAGAUUAAUUAAAGAUUAUAAAAUGAUUGGAUAAUGAUUAGUCAGUUAUAUAAUGAGUAAAACAGAGAACACAAACUCCAUUAAAUAAUGUUAUUUUUACAAGAGAGAUUUUCUGUUUGCAGCAUUUUUAACAGAACUGGUUUGCUCAGUGAUUGGAAAAUAUAUUAUUUUAUAAUUUUUAGCCAUUCCUCAUGAGAACAGAGGCACUAUUCACCAACAAACUUACAAAACCAUACAUGAAAAUAAGUAGCAGUGACUAUAUGCCAUCUUAACAAUCAAAUGGGAAAUUGUGUUAAAGUGAUAGAGGUGUUUAAGGACUAAUAAGUCCUGACAAUAUCAAAGCAUUAUUCAGCAAAGAUAUGAUGAGGUUAGACAAACACAUCAGCUUAUCAGAUUGUUAUCUAGACUUAACACUAAAAUCUUCAUCUCUUUCCAAGAAAAUAUAGGGAAAGUAGAAUGUAGGAGAACUCUGGGACAGAUCUGGGAAGGUUAAGGGUGAAGUGACACCAAAACAUAAGUGACUUUCUGUGACUUUUCAGCUCUUAAACCCAUCAACACAUGAAUUCACCUUGCUAGUUUACAUACAUUUCUUUUUCAAAUUAUGUGAUCCAUUCAAUUUCUGUUUUAUGAUCAGUUCCUUGAUUCUCCUGAGUAUUGCUGAUGACAGUGUGCUGAUGAUGUGGGAAGAAAUGAAAUGCUGAUCACUUCAAAGGAUUAAACAUGCAUAUCGAUUUGAACUUUAUUUGCAACGAUGUACUGCUUUAGCAAUGGGGCCUUUCUCUUUAAUAUCUUCAUACUUCAACUGCCUGGAGAUGAAGACCUUCAAUUCCUUCAAAUCGGCCUUUUAGCCCUUUUUAUCAGAAUGUUGUUGGGAAAUUGUGUUGAUCAGUGUCAUACUGGAAGCACAAAACCUGCAAUUGGUAAGUUCUAACAAUCACAUUAUAAGAAGGCAAAAUAUUAUGUUGACUAAGUGAUGGUAAUAGAGAAAACUAUGAAUGAGGGGAGUAUGAGUUGAUCCAGUUUUAAAUUCUCUGAACCAACAUCAUGAGACUUGUAUGGCAGACAGUAAGGAAAAUUACUCAUGAGAUCUGGCAGUCAGAGAGGGUUCAGCAGGGCUAAGAUUUCAGAUGUUUUCUCAUACCCUUCAAUCCCUGAUAAUCUGUUUCUUAUCUCUUUAUCAGAGGGUAUGUCAAGACAUCUUGCUGUUGAAUGGGGCCCAGAUGGCAUUAGGGUAAACUGUGUUGCACCAGGUGCUGUGAAGGACACAGAGGGUUUUUGUAGACAAGGUAAAGAAUUACAGGGAAGCAGAAUCUGGUCAUUUUACCUGCACCUAAUGCAAUUUUCAUAUCAUAAAAUUUUCAUAGGCUUAGAACAGAAGAGAGCACUUGGCUGCAACUGUGUUGAUUGCUAUGGUGACCAGAAACAAUUUUGGCACCCAAAGUUUCAGCGAAAGCAUCCUGUAUUUGGCAAACAUGUGGAAAGCUUCUAAAUUGACAUUGUUAUUAGUAAGUUUUUAGAGUCUAAAGUUAGGCUAAUUAAACAUUUGUUUGCUUAAGAUGAAAUGAAUUUUGGAUAUGUACAAUUACUAAAAGAAUACUUUUCCUGGCUGAAAGCUAGUCUAAAAAUAUUUCAUACUCAAUGUUUAACAUUUAAUUUACCUUAAUCCCUGUUCCACUUACAAAGUAAUGCAGUUCACAAUUUUCUUUCACUUUAAGUCUGAAGGACGCUUUAACUGAACUACAUCUUCACAGAAGGCAGACAUCUUCCACCAAACUUCAUUGAGAAUUUGUACCUUUACAAAGACUGGUUUCUUGCCAAGAUGUGGUAGAUGGUGUACUCUUUCUGGCAAGUGGUGCUUCAGCUUUUAUCACAACAAACACACUGGCAGUAGAGGGUGGAAGUGGAUGGUAGUUGGAUCACAAAUUAUGUUUCCAUGGCAACAGUGAACAAGUCAAUUAGCAAGCUGUGAUCCACUAGACUCUGGUGUCCAAUUAGUAUCUGAUGGGCACUUGUGCAAAUCCCAAUUAAGUGUGAAGUUUUUAUGGCUCAUUUGUUCUUUAGAUUCUAAUUAUUACAGUUAAUCUUAACCCUUUGCAUCCUAAUAUCAUUUCCUUUAUUCUCAUGAUCGUAAUGAAUGAUUCAGCAGUAUUACAGCAAGGAGAAAUUAGAUGCUGGUCACUCCAAGGGUGUUAAGGGUUAAAAUAUGAUGAAGUAUCAUUUGGAAAUGUGGAACUUGAAUUACACAGUGAUGAGAGCACCAGUUGUUGCCAAUAGGCCAUGGCAGAUUCAUAAAAAGAUUCACUGGAGUAAACUUUUUAAUAUGUUCAAUCACAUUGUUUACAAUUUUUUUUCUGGAUAUUUUUAUUUAGCAUGAAAGUUCCAUCAUCUUGAAGCUGCUUAAUAAUACUAAAAUUUCCCUUACUUUAUGAUAUACCUGCAAAUUACUUAAAUUUUUUUUUUUUUUUAGUCAAAAGUAUAAGAUAAUUGAUUUUGUUGGGCACCUUUAAUUUCAUAUUAUAAGAGCCUGAAGACUUGCAUCAACCCUAAGAAAAUCUUGAGAGAUGCCCUCUUUACUGCCUUCUCAUCUUAGGUUGGAAGUAUUCAUGGAAAGCAUGGUCAUUUAAUGAUAAGUUUCUCUUCACAGACUCAUUCAAGUUUUCAUAACUUCGUUUAUUCUUAGAAAAGUGUCAGUUAAAUUUGUGAAGUAGCACUGAGUUUAUUAGCCAAGGAUGAAAAACUGUGUGAUAGUUGGCAGGUGUA